AUGGCUUUAAAAAGCGCCCUCCCCAAUUUCCCCCAACACCUUCAACCCCCUAAGAAACUCCGCCAACCACUCCAACAACAAACUAUGCCCCAAUAUAAAGACCGCCAAGUCUCCAUUUCCGCAAAAGAAAACAUAAGCCUGCUCAGCGUCCACUCAAACAGAACACUAACCCACUACGGCUUCUACGCCCGCAUCCUCGCCAUCAUCCAUGAUCUGCACAUCCCUGUCGGGCUACUCCUAACCAGCGACAACUGCGUCAUGAUGGCCAUUGACACCAACGCCAUCAGUGAUGAGGUGCUAUGUAUCGCUCAGGCGGAGUUGCGGCCGUAUAGCCGGCCCGCCGUGGCCGGGGACAUGGUGAUGCUGUCGGUGCAUAUCGCAUCGAAAGAGAAUAGUAGUGAGGUGUUGGCAAGUGUUUUUGAGAUCUUGAGUGCGUGUUGUAUUCCUGUACAUUUGAUUUCUUAUGCGGCUGAUGAGCCGAUUGUGUACUGUGUGAUCAGUCAAUCGGAUAUGUCGAGGGCGCAAAAGACGCUUUAUUCAAAUCUGCGGCAUUAUUUUGCGUGGUGGAUUUAG